GCGCGUGCCUUAUCUGCUUCUCUCUCAGUGGUCGUUAUAGCUCUGCGAGCAUCACUUCUCCUCCUCUUCCAUAUCAUCAGAGCUCCAAUUCAACCCAGAAGCUCCGAUUCGGAUUCUACUUCUCAUCCAUGGCGUCCUCAUCUCUCUCCCCCGCUACUCAGCUGGGUUCGACCAGAUGUGGCAUGAUGGCGCCAUCGCGUGCCUUGUUGGUUAAGCCGACCAGGACGCAGAUGACUAGGAGGGAGAAGGGUUUGAGAAUUACUUGUCAGGCGACAAGCAUUCCGGCCGACAGGGUUCCGGACAUGGGGAAGAGACAACUCAUGAAUCUGCUCCUGUUGGGUGCUAUUUCCCUGCCGUCUGGUUUCAUGCUUGUCCCUUACGCCACCUUCUUUGCCCCUCCUGGUGGCCGAGGUGCCGGUGGUGGCACUGUUGCAAAGGAUGCACUCGGAAAUGAUAUAGUUGCAGCCGAAUGGAUCAAGACCCAUGGCGCUGGUGACCGAACCUUGACCCAAGGACUAAAGGGAGACCCGACCUACCUGGUUGUGGAGAACGACAAAACUCUCGCGACAUACGGUAUCAAUGCAGUAUGCACUCACCUCGGGUGUGUUGUCCCGUGGAACAAAGCCGAGAACAAAUUCAUCUGUCCUUGCCAUGGAUCUCAGUACAACAAUCAGGGCAGAGUGGUUAGAGGUCCUGCCCCACUGUCUCUGGCAUUGGCACAUGCGGAUAUCGACGAUGGGAAGGUGGUGUUCGUUCCGUGGGUUGAAACCGACUUCAGGACCGGUGAAGCUCCAUGGUGGUCUUGAACCGGGGAGCCUCUCCUUAGCUCAUCCUUGUAGAAAGAAAGUUGUGUCUGUUUCUCUACCACUUGUUCAAUGUUUUUUCCCUCUUGUGAGCUUGUAAUCAUCACCCUCUCUUGGCAAUACUCAAAGAUUUCUUCCCCGUAUAGUAUUUAUGUUCAUUCACUUUCCCAACGUCUUUGUGCAGCAGAAGAACUGAAUGUGUAAGUAAUGGUGAUAUUGUUGUUUAGUACAA